CACACCCAGUGUUUGUUAGACAUCUGUAAUGUUGCAUGAACAUCCUGAGUGGUUGACCGUAUUCUGAUUUGUUCUUCAAGUUAUAUCUAUGAUCUUGGGACGUUGACUAACCCAUUGAAAGGCAUCUAUUUAAUAUGUGAUUGUGCGCUGUACUUACCCAACCUGGGUCACCAUGUAGUCUGUCUCCUCAGACAUGAAUGAUUUUACCUGAUGGAUUUAAUGGAAUGAUGAACAGCACUUGUCCGGAUUAGGUAAUGGUACACAUGAAAGAGUAUGUACUACUUUGUAGAGUGUGUGUGUGUAUGCGUGUGAAUGAAUGAGCAGAUGGCUAUUAUUCCUCACUGUAUUGAGGAGCGGCAUUUAGCUUCAAUUGCUUUGUUUCUGUUCCUGUAGAGCUGAAACUCCUCCACCCUUUGGACAGAGAGGGGGAGGUCACAUGACUUGAAUGACACCAGCUUUAAGUCUUAUGUGCACAACUGCAAAGAGCUGUUUAAAGAAUUUAAAGGUAAACGUUGCCAAUGAUGAUGUCAAGGCAGAGACUUCUCCAUCACCCAAGAGAAAGCCAAUUACCUUCAACAUCAACAAUACCAUUGCCAAACCAUCAAACAGCCCAACGCUCCAUGUCAGUAAGGUAACAUCAAGAGCCGACAGCGUAGCAGACAGGAAGCCAUAUGGACAUUGGGUCCCCAUCAGCAGAUCUUCUUCCAAGAAAUAAUUAACACUGAGAUUCAACAGUGAUGUAAAAAGACUGUAUAUAGUGUAAAUAGUUUGUGUAGAGAUCACUUGGGUGGGGUGGGUUGUUAGGGAACAUCUGAAUUCAUCAUAAACGUUUUCUUUCAGAUAUAAAGUGGGUUUUGUGGAAGAAGGCAAGAGGAUGUCAUACAGGUGGGAAAUAUUGUGUAUUUUUUGGUGUUUUUGUGCUGUACAGUGGAUGUUACUAAAUAAAAAUGCCAAAAAAAAGAAAUAUUUAUUCUCUCAG